AAUGCGGCGUUGAUAAAAUCGAUGGAACAGUUGCGCAAAGGGCUGAAAGAGUUGAAACCAAGUAAUUACCUGGCUCUCCAUGCGCUGCCAGGAUAUGGUAAAUCAACUUUGGUCAGUGAAACUUUACAGGACGAUGAUCUUGCUACUGAUUUAUUCCAGAAGGAAAUGUACUGGAUUAAAUUUGGAUCGGAACAAUCAGUCGCAGAGAACAUACUCACUCAGUUGAACAUGCUUUUUCACCGAGUGAGAAAUCUGGAUCUGUUGACAGAACCGACUAGUGAAGACUCUCUCAAAUAUUUUCUGAGGCACCAUUUUUCCAAACAUAAUCAUGCCCUGUUAAUACUGGACGAUGUUAAUCGGCGCGAAAUUAUCGAAGCAUUUGAUUUUGGAUGCAAGACUCUUGUCUUGACAACUGACACAGACAUACUGAGAGGAAAAAAAUGCGAUAUCAUUGAGAUGAACGAGGGCUUCACCCCGAAAGAAUCGCUUGCCUUGUUUGCCAAAGCUAUCGGUGUCGAUGCCUCGGAGCUGCCCAAACAGGCUCGCCAGAUACACGAGGAAUGCAAGGGAAUGCCUCUUAUGAUCGCGAUGUUUUCAGCCCAAUUUGAAGAUGUCAAAGAGAGUCUUAUCGAAGGUGAUAAAAGGGCUGACACGUGGUCUUACUACCUCGAUGCAUUGAAGAAGAAGAAAUCUGCCGUUUUGCAAGAGAGUCUCGACAAGUUGAAAGCGAUAUUCGAAAUGUGCAUAAAUAAGCUUUCCAAAGACGAAAUACAUUACUAUGAAAUGUUUGCUAUAUUCCCUGAAGACGUGAACAUCACAACAAAGACAUUGUCAAUAUUUUGGGAUCUGGAUCCACCAGAAGUCGAUUUGAUAAUGUCUAAAUUUUGCAAAAAAUCAAUGGCCGUGAGACAGUGGCAUGUACAUCUAAAAACAUAUAUAUACGGUGUUCACAACUUGGUGCUGCGUCACCUUCGAGACAAAUUGACAGCAGAAUCCUUAAUAAAUCUCCAUAAGACUUAUGUGAAUAAAAAUUUUGAGGCAUGCAACUGGAAAUUGUCAAAUCUCCCAAAGGACAAUUACAUCUAUUCUUAUAUUGGACACCAUAUGGAAGAGGGAGAGUUACUAAACAAAUUUCCGGAAGUUUAUCUUAAUUUUAAAUUCAUCGAGGCAAAAAUCUACCAUAUCGGUCCUGGUGAUCUUCUAAUUGAUUUAAAAAAGUACAGAAAACACAUUACCCAGGAAUCUCCAGAGCUCUUGGAUAAGGUUACAGAUCUUGAGAAAUUCCUCGUACAACAGGCCUCAACCCUCGCCGAAUAUCGAAGACGGAACUGCCUCGACCUUGUUCAAGUGGCCCUGAAACACCCAUAUUCGGGCUUUGUCAGAGACAUGGCUGAGUCUCUGGCAAAUGAGCGACAGAGCAGCCUCUAUUUAAGCCAUUUGAAGAACAACAAUCAGAAUUUGAAUUCUCUGAGCGAUGAAUUAUACAUGCAGGUGCGAUCUGUCGCUUUUACUAACGAAGCUAGUGUGAUCCUCAUAGGAAAUGACAUGGGAGAAGUUGUGUUGUGGAACUGCCACGACGGGCACCACGUUGUUUUUUAUGGGAACAAUAGGGAUUAUCCCAUCAGAAAGAUUAUCACUCCGAGGAACGGAGAGUACUUUGUCUCUAUUAGCGAAGACGGUACAGCAAAGUUAUUCGAUCUCAGCAAGCAACGAGAGUUUUACAUGAAAACUCUCAAUCCUCGAACCAGGCAGAAGGACUGGAAAACAAUGUACGAAAACGAUAUCAACCAGGAUCACAGUAAAUUUACUUUCGCAGUCAAGGAUCAGAAAAUUAUGGAUAUUUCUAUUUGCUCAAGUAGCCAGAAAAUUGCUGCCUGUACCAAGAAUGGGAACAUCAUGGUAUGGAAGUGGACCGGCGAAGUUUUUAUUGAUCAAAUUUCAAUGGCAGGCAAUUCAACGUUAAACUGCAUUCUGUUCACGAUAUCCAGUACAAAACUUCAUACCGUAAACCUAGAAACAGGAGCUUUAACUAUGUAUGACGCUACACACGGCAAUUACGUGACGCAAUGUACCCUCUCCUCUGAGAUGGUAAAAGUGAUAUCACUCCUCUCCGUUCCGGGGGUUGCCAAUAUUAUGAUUGGUUUGUUGGAUAAAAAAUUAUUCUCCGUCACCUGGAAACUUGACGAAAUCACAGGCUAUCCUACAUAUACCGAAUUUGCCAAACUUGCCGAUGAAACGGUGACAUAUACUUGCGCAGCUUUGACUCAAGAUGGCCGGUACGUCAUCACUGCGGACACUGGCUGCUCUGUUACUAUUCACAGUCUUCGAAACGGCUAUAAAACAAUCAAAACGUACAAAAAAUCUGUUACUAGCCUUGAUACUCAGUGGCUAGAGAAUGAACGCUGUCACAUGAUCUGUGCCGGCAGUUGUGAUACACUUGUGCCAAUGGUCCACAGGUGGAGAUUUGACCCUACGGAGAAUCCUGUUUCUCAAAGACUGCCCCUGUUUGACGCAAUUGUCGAAUCAGUUGAGAAAAAUAUUAUUGCUGUAGCGACAUCCAAUAGAACGGUGCAGAUUAUUCAAAAUGACAAUGUUAUCGCCGAGGCACCAUCGGUUAACGCGAAGAUAACUAAUAUAAUGUUUUUCGAGGACAAAAAUCGAGUUGCUUAUGCAACUGAAGGGGGUCAAAUAUUCUUGUUUGACUUAAAACACAAACAUUAUGAUCAAAUAUUGCAAUUGUCGUAUUCCGUGAGAUUUAUGACUAUACUCGGAAUCGAGGAGAAAAAUGUAAUCGUGUGCAAUAAUGGACCCGCGGAUUUGCAGAUCUGGGAGGGUCCUGAGGAUAACCAAUUAAUUGAAAAUAGCGGAUCUGUGAUAUUUUCCAAAUAUUUAAAAAACGUGAAACACGUGUUAACCGUAGCCAACGAAGUUGCAAAACUAUGGGACCGGAAAUGGCGGCUACGAGUUAAGUACGUGCCGACAAAGAUGCGUAAAGUGAGCUGCUGCUCUCUCAGCGACGAGGAGAAUUAUUUAGCACUAGCCAACGCCUCGGGAUGUCUCACUAUUUGCAAACUGGUGCCUAAGAAAGUUGGUAACACUAUAGCGUUUCAAGAAAAUACCGUCCAAAAUUUGCCUGAUGAAAUAACAGCCUGUAAUUUUUCACCCAACGGAACUUUACUCGCUGUCGGAAUGAAAAGGGGUAAAAUUAUGAUAAUUGAUGGAAAAUCUAGUAAGGAGAUACAACUAUUAGAUCUCCAUCGUCGAGCUGUAAAACAGCUAUAUUGGGGACCUUCGAGCCUCAACGAACAGAUUCUUCUCUCUUUGAGCAACGAGAUGGCCUGGUGGAACAUAUCUCGAAUUGGUGAAAGCUCGUCGCAGAAUAAUAUAGCAGGUUCUAAUCGACAAAUUAGUCAAAGCUACACAGACCUGACGGUUUCGUCUAAUUUGAAUGUAACCACUGAUCUCAAUUUACCUCGCGAGCCUUUGAAGAAUAGCCAAAGUUUUCAAUUCAGUAGCGUUAUACAAGAAUCUAAAAAUAAAUCCUUGAACAACAACCAUGAUGAUGCUACUGAAGAGGUAUCAAAUUCAACUGGCAGUGCGGUUUCAGCUUAUUCGUCGGAACAGGACACAAAUGAGAUUAACGGCAAUGGUCACAACUCUCCUUCCUUCUGUUGGUCUGAUAAACGGCCAAAAGAUUUCGAUACACCCGGUUUGUUGAGCGUUGUUAAACUUGACGGUAAUUUAGCGACUAAUGUAUGCAUUUCAAAAAACUUUAAAAGGUUCAUUACCAUUGAUGGCGAAGGCUCAAUUUAUAACCUAGCUGUUAUUGAAAAAAACGGAAUGAAUAAACAUCACACCAUUUCAUAAC